CAGCAGCAGGGUUGCCCUGGCACAUAUAGCACUGUCCCCAGAGCCACGGAAGCACGGCUGCGAGGCGAUGGCUUCCAAGUUUUGGGCCGCGAGCUCCAGUGACGAGGAGAGCGAGGACGAGGCGGUGACCUCGUCCGAGGGGGAGACGUCAUCAGAUGAUGGAACCUCGUCUGACUCGGGCUCCUCUAGCAGCAGCAGCAGCUCCAGCAGUGGCUCUAGCCGCAAGAAGGGCGCCAGCCGGUUUCUGAUGGGCUCGUCGGACAGUGAGAGCGAAGACGAGCGACGCGUGGUGCGCAGCGCCAAGGACAAGGCACAUGAGGAGCUUCGGGCGACGUGCAACGACAUCAAGAACAAGAUGCACAUCAACGAUUGGGCAGCCAUCCAGACCCUGUUUGACAAGCUGAACAAGCAGCUGGAGCGCACGCAGAAGGUGACCCAGAGCUUGGGCGUGCCGCGUGCUUACAUCCGCAUGCUGUGUGAACUGGAGGACUUCCUCAGCAAGACCCUUGCAGAUAAGCCCAAGCUGAGCCCCACAAACACGCGCGCGCUCACCCGCAUGAAACAGACGCUUCGCAAGCACAACACCGCCUUUGCGGAGCAAAUGCGGUUGUUCAGGGAAAACCCUGUCAGUGAGACGGAGGAAGAAGGGGAGAGCCCCAGUGAGAGUGAAUCAAGAGAUGAGAGCGGCAGCGAGCGUGAGCUGAACACCGAGGAGGAGGAGGAGGCCAAGUUCAAGACUGUGCGCACUGGAGUGGUCCAGCGGCCCAAGGACAAGAUCUUGUCCAUGGAUCCUAAGGAGAUCACGUACGACAUGGUGCAGAAGAAGCUGCAGGAGAUUGCCAUGGCACGCGGCAAGACUACCCGCAUUGACCGGCAGGAGCAGAUUGAGAUGCUGACCUACCUGUCAGGAGUCACACAGGGCCCGGUCCAGAAGGUGGAGAUCCUGAUCAACAUCAUCACCGUCACGUUUGACAUGAAUCAGCCCACCCAGGCAAGUCAAGAACAUGCUUGCCCGGAACCCACCAACGCGCUCUACCCACUUAAUGCCAUGACCGUUCCUAACUGGAACCGUUGCGGCCAGACCAUGUUCGACAUAAUGUCACUUCUGGAUGAGAACCGCCACAUCAGCCUGACCGAUACGCCGCCUGAGGAGGAGCGGGAGGAGGAGCCCGAGCCUGGCACACCCACCCAGGCAGGCAUUCCUUUUUGCACCCCUUGUUUUCUGCUGUCAUGUUGCCGAGAAUGGGGUGGAGGUAUGCUGCUUAGUCAAGUGUGGGGCAACCUUGGUGCUUUCCUGGAGCGUCUUGAUGAUGAGUGGAAUGGCAGCCUCAAGGCGCUGGACCCACAUGCGAAUGAAUACAUGGAGCGUCUGAAGGACGAGGCAGUGCUGUUGGCGCUGGCACAGAAGGUGUCAGAGUAUCUAGAGGCCCAGAACGAGCUGGACAAGCUUGCCGGUGUGGCGCUGAAGCGCAUCCAGCACUUCUACUACAAGACAGAUGUGGUGUACGGCGCCAUGCGCAAGCUAGCUCUGCAGCAGCAGCAAGACUCGGCAGAUGCGGCAGCAGCAGCGGCAGCAGCGUCUCCUGCUUUGGAUGCGGAGAUUGUUGAUGGUGAUGAAGCCGAGGGUGCCACAGGUAAGCGGGGGACGCGCAGACCACUUGCUCGCGUUGUGUAUGCUCAUGGCAACGACAACCAGAAGGGCCAGGCCAUGCUGUGCACCGUCUACUUCAGAUGCAUUCGUGAUGACUUCUACGGCGGACGCGAUGCCCUGCUGAUGAGUCGCAUACAAGAGCAGACGGGGCAGCUGGAUGCCAAAAUGCAGGUGCUGUACAACCGCACGAUUGCGCAGCUGGGCCUGUCGGCCUUCCGUGCGGGCCUGAUCAAUGAGUGCCACCAGUGCUUGAUGGACCUGUACGGCACAGGCCGUGUCAAAGAGCUGCUCGCACAGGGCAUCCAGCAGCACCGAUUCCAAGAAAAGACCCCAGAGCAAGAGGCAGCUGAACGGCGGCGGCAGGUGCCCUUCCACAUGCACAUCAACCUGGAGCUGCUGGAGAGCACCUACCUGAUUUCAGCCAUGCUGCUGGAGGUGCCAGCAAUGGCCACUUCGCAGUCCACCGAUUUGCGCAAACGCGUGAUCAGCAAACCGCUGCGCAGACUCAUGGACAACUACGAGCGUCAGAGCUUCACCGGCCCACCGGAGAAUGUCCGCGACCAUGUCAUGGCUGCUGUCCGGGCACUGGCAACUGGUGACUGGCGGCGGUCGUACCAGUUUGUGACAGCGCUAACCUGCUGGAAUCUGCUUCCCCAGAAGGAGGCAGUGCUGGCCAUGCUGCGCCAUAAGCUGCAGGAGGAGGGCCUGCGCACGUACCUCGUGGCCUAUGGCCGCUUCUACUCUUCGCUCAGCAUUUCACAGCUGUGCGACAUGUUUGAGCUGCCAGAAAACAAGGUGCAUGCCAUUGUGAGCCGGCUGAUUGCUGACGAUGGUCUGCCUGCCAGCCACGACCAACCCACCGGCACUAUUGUGGUGCAUCAUGUGGAGCCAACGCGCCUGCAGACGCUGGCGGGCACCUUCAGCGACAAGGCCUCGCUGCUUGUGGACUUGAAUGAGCGUGCACUGGCUAUGCGCACUGGUGCUCUCCACACAGAUGACGAUGAUGGCGAGGGGCGGCGUGGCCACGACGGCGGCCAGGGUGGCAGACGCACUCGUGUGGGCGGCCGGAUGGGUUCGGGAGGCGGCUUUGGCCGCGGCGGCAGGGGUGGCCGCGGUGGCCGGUAUGGCGACCGUGAGCGUGGCAGUGGUUUCAUGCCAGAGUCAGGCUUUGCUGGCGGUGUGUUUGGACGUGGGAGGGGGCGGCGGGGUCAAGCGGCUGGGCAGCGGGACGACAGCACCUACAUGCAGCUUGGCAGUAGUUUCAGCAGCCGGCGGCAGUAGCAGACGAGCUGAAGCUGUCGGAACGGCAUUCGGGGCAGGAGCUGUUCAGCAUUGUCAGUAUGGAUGGAUCGCACUGCCAGGCCAUUCUGCCCUCGCGGGGGAGAUGUGCACCGUACAUGUCAAAUGAAGGGCGUCCCCUGUUUCACAAUGAGGGAGCGGUGACCUUCAACAGAUUGGCAGCGUUCACACUCAUGUAAUGAGCAUCCAUCA